AGCUGCGCUCCAGCACCGGCGGCGAUAUUCAGGGAGGAGAUGGCGGCCAGAGGGGGGUUUCAGUCAACACCGACUGCUGGUGGCGGUGGAGCAAUGGGACCUGGGCCACCGGUACCAGGCGCAGCGCCAGGUAUGGGACCUGGGACUCCCUCUGGAAGAAUGGGACCGACUUCAGGCGCACAGAACCACAUGUACCGCUCUCCGAUGCCCGGGCCUGGGUACCCGAGGCCGGGCAUGCCCCCAUCCAGCCGUAUGACCCCGCAGGGCCCCGCCAUGGGCCCACCGGGUUACGGCAGCAGCCCCGUGUCUCGCCCCGGGAUGCCCGGCGUGAUGGACCCGUCCCGGAAAAGACCCGCUCCUCAGCAGAUUCAGCAGGUUCAGCAGCAGCAGAACCGCAACCAGCACACAAAGAAGAAGAAGAUGGCUGAUAAAAUUCUACCUCAGAGGAUCAGAGAGCUGGUCCCAGAGUCUCAGGCUUACAUGGAUCUUCUGGCUUUUGAGAGGAAGCUGGAUCAGACCAUCAUGCGCAAACGGCUCGACAUUCAGGAGGCCCUAAAAAGGCCUAUAAAGCAAAAGAGAAAGCUUCGCAUUUUUAUAUCCAACACCUUCAAUCCUGCGAAGCCUGAUGCUGAGGAUGGAGAAGGCACAGUUGCAUCAUGGGAGCUGCGUGUUGAAGGGCGACUAUUAGAAGAUACUGCUGUGUCCAAGUAUGAAGCUACCAAACAAAAGAGAAAGUUCUCCUCCUUCUUUAAGUCGCUUGUGAUCGAAUUGGAUAAAGACCUGUAUGGGCCAGAUAAUCACCUUGUGGAAUGGCACAGGACGGCCACUACCCAGGAGACGGACGGUUUCCAGGUGAAGAGGCCCGGUGAUGUGGGAGUUCGCUGCACCGUCCUGCUCAUGCUGGAUUACCAGCCCCCCCAGUUCAAGCUGGACCCCCGACUGGCCCGCAUGUUGGGCAUCCACACUCAGACCAGACCUGUCAUCAUCCAGGCUUUGUGGCAGUACGUCAAAACACACAAACUCCAAGAUCCGCAUGAGCGCGAGUUCAUCAACUGUGACAAAUACCUCCAGCAAAUUUUUGAAACUCAGCGAAUGAAGUUUUCCGAAAUCCCUCAGCGCCUGCAUGCUCUGCUGAUGCCUCCAGAACCAAUCAUCAUCAACCAUGUGAUCAGUGUGGAUCCCAAUGAUCAAAAGAAGACUGCCUGCUAUGACAUUGACGUGGAGGUGGACGACACGCUGAAGACCCAGAUGAACUCAUUCCUGCUCUCCACAGCCAGUCAGCAGGAAAUAGCAGGAUUGGAUAACAAGAUCCAUGAAACUAUUGAGACCAUCAACCAGCUGAAAACCCAGAGGGAGUUCAUGUUGAGCUUUGCCAGGGAUCCUCAGGGCUUUAUCAACGACUGGCUUCAGUCCCAGUGCAGGGACUUCAAGACCAUUACAGAUGUUGUGGGAAACCCAGAAGAGGAGCGGAGAGCAGAGUUUUACUAUCAGCCGUGGGCUCAGGAGGCGGUGUGUCGCUACUUCUACUCCAAGGUCCAGCAGAGGCGGCAGGAGCUGGAACAGGCGCUUGGAAUCAGGAACACUUGAAGAGGUUUUUCCCCAUGAAACAUCCCGUCAGGACAGAGAUGGGCCAAGUUGUGCUGUUGGAGUUGAUUAGUGUGUGUGUGUGUGUGUGUGUGUG